AUGGCUUCUGUAAACCGUAUUUGGAUGGCCGCCGGCGUAGCUGUUGUAAAUGGACAUACAGAUCAAGGCUACAAACUUAAAUCCCUCCUCAUCAACUCCUUCCGACAUAGCAAGAAGGCUUUCACCUCCGAUCUCCGUCCAUUUUCCGGCCUUUUUCUACGAUCAAACGUCAACAUCGGAGAAAGGAACACAACACAGUCCGAUGAGUCUCUCCGGCAAGUCAUGUACUUUAACUGCUGGGGCCAAAGUUGA